CCGUUGCCCCACAGAACCUCAUGGAUUUAAAUUAAUACACUCUAAAAAAUCAGAGAAAUGAAAACCAUCACAUUUUCCCAACGCUGCCUUAUUUUAUGAGCUGCAUAUGGCAAAGAAGGUAAUAUAUAAAAUAAAAAAGGAAACCUGCGUUCGAGGUGUGCAUUUUUUACUUUAAAAAAUCAAGUUUGACCAUCCCUGAUCACCAUUUACUUACCAUUACACUCAUUCUUCCAAACACACUAAGUUUUCAAAAAGGAAAAGUAAUCUUCCCCGCCCUUUCCGCUGUAGCCCCGCCCUCUUGCUGUUCCCAGGAGGGGCGGGUUUGUGGGUGGAGGCUUAGCCUAACACAACCUAAGAAAAAGGCUGAGCAUACCCUGUACCACAUUGAGAUCUGCCUGAACAGUGGAUGUUUAAGUGCUGGUUAUUUCUACAAGGUUGGCAAUUACGACCUCUUCAAAACAUUAAAUCACUCCAAAUAGAAAAAACAGCCACAGCGCUACGAGGCCUCAGAGCCAGGCUUAAUACCCCCUUGAAGCACCCAAGGAGCGUCCAGUGGCAAAGCCGAGCCCAGCAGUGAGCUGGGAAGAGAGGCUGCGCCCGCCCGCCGACCCCGCGUCUGUCUUCGGGGCAGGCGGUUUAGCGCCCUAAGCCUCCUGCGGGCAGAGGGUCUCGGUUCCCCGCGCCCACAGCGAAGAGGAACUCUAGGCGCGUCGACGCCUGAACGAGAGGGGGCGGGCGCUGCUCACAGGAGAAGGCCCAGCCGGAAGAGCACCCGAGCGGCCGAACAGCUCGCUAGCGCCGAGGAACUCGCCCUGAGCCAGAUCCAGCGCCCGACACCGGGAGCGAGCGUGCAGCGGAGGCCGCGGGGGCCGCGGCGGCCGGGCGGGGGCGGGGCAGUAGCGGGAGGCCCUCCGGGCGUGCGCACGUUUCCGGCGUGCGCGGCGGAGCGCUGGGGCGGGGGCACCGCCAGCUUCCAAUCGCGCACAAUGAGACAGCGCUGAGCGCCGGAAGUGGGGCCGAAGGAAAACACGGAGAGGGAGCCCGGCCGGGACAGGAAGAGGCUGGGAACCACGGCGAAGGUGGUGCAAAGUAAGAAAAUUGAAGUCAAAGACCAUGGGAGAUGCAGCAAAACCUUAUUUUGUGAAGCGCACAAAAGACCGGGGGACUAUGGAUGAUGAUGAUUUCAGAAGGGGUCACCCCCAACAAGAUUAUUUAAUAAUGGAUGAUUAUGCUAGAGGACAUAGCAGUAAAAUGGAAAAAGGCCUUCCAAAAAAAAAGGUAGCACCAGGGAACUAUGGGAAUACCCCAAGAAAAGGACCAUAUACUGUUUCCAGCAAUCCGUAUGCAUUUAAAAACCCAAUCUACAGUCAGCCUGCUUGGAUAAAUGACAACCACAAAGAUCAGAGUAAGAGAUGGCUAUCUGAUGAACUUACUGGUAAUUCAGACAAUUGGAGAGAAUUCAAACCUGGACCUAGAAUUCCUGUUACAAACCGACCAAGGAAAGACUCCUUUCAAGAAAGUGAAGAUGGUUAUAGAUGGCAAGACACAAGAGGCUGCAGAACUGUGAGACGACUAUUUCAUAAAGACCUAACAAGCCUAGAAACCAUGUCAGAAAUGGAAGCAGGAAGUCCUGAAAACAAGAAGCAGAGGUCCAGACCUAGGAAGCCACGGAGAACUAGAAAUGAGGAAAAUGAGCAGGAUGGAGACUUGGAAGGCCCUGUGAUUGAUGAGUCUAUGCUUUCAACGAAGGAGCUCCUGGGCUUACAGCAGGCUGAGGAGCGAUUGAAAAGGGACUGCAUUGAAAGGCUAAAAAGGCGACCACGAAACUACCCCACAGCAAAGUACACCUGCAAACUCUGUGAUGUUUUAAUUGAAUCCAUUGCAUUUGCCCAUAAGCAUAUCAAAGAGAAAAGGCACAAGAAAAACAUAAAGGAGAAGCAGGAAGAAGAAUUGCUCACUACGCUACCCCCACCAACACCCUCCCAGAUAAAUGCUAUUGGCAUUGCUAUCGACAGAGUGGUUCAGGAGUUUGGCUUGCACAAUGAGAACUUAAGACAGAGGCUAGAAAUUAAACAUGUCAUGGAAAAUGUGUUCCAACACAAGUUACCAGAUUGUUCUCUAAGAUUAUAUGGGUCAUCCUGUAGCAGUUUGGGUUUCAAAAAUUCGGAUGUAAACAUUGACAUUCAAUUUCCAGCCAUUAUGUCUCAGCCAGAUGUCCUCUUACUUGUUCAAGAAUGUUUAAAGAACAGUGACUCUUUUAUUGAUGUUGAUGCAGAUUUCCAUGCCAGGGUGCCAGUGGUGGUGUGCAGAGAAAAGCAAAGUGGUCUUCUUUGUAAAGUGAGUGCAGGAAAUGAAAAUGCUUAUCUGACAACAAAGCAUUUAACUGCCCUUGGAAAACUGGAACCAAAGCUGGUUGCUUUGGUCAUUGCAUUUAGGUACUGGGCAAAGCUUUGCAGUAUAGAUCGCCCUGAAGAAGGAGGGCUGCCACCUUAUGUGUUUGCUUUGAUGGCCAUUUUUUUCCUGCAACAGAGGAAAGAACCCCUUUUGCCUGUUUAUCUAGGAUCAUGGAUUGAAGGAUUCUCAUUAAACAACUUAGGGAACUUCAACCUUAAAGAUAUUGAGAAUGACUUUGUGGUCUGGGAAUACACUAACAGUGCUGCAGGGGACACAGACACAACAAAAGAAGAGGCACCAAAAGAAAUACUGGUUAAAAGGGGACAGGUGUCAUUAAUAUUUGAUAUAAAACACCAGCCUUCAGUACCAGUUGGGCAGCUCUGGGUGGAAAUGCUGCGAUUCUAUGCUUUAGAAUUUAAUUUGGCUGACUUAGUGAUAAGUAUUCGUGUCAAAGAAUCAGUAUCUCGAGAAUCAAAGGAUUGGCCCAAAAAGCGCAUUGCCAUUGAAGAUCCCUACUCUGUUAAAAGAAAUGUGGCAAGGACCCUAAAUAAUCAACCUGUGUUUGAGUAUAUACUUCAUUGUUUAAGGACAACAUACAAAUAUUUUGCUCUUCCACACAAAAUUAUAAAACCCAACUUUCCAAAGCCACUCGGUGUAGUUACUUGUGCUUCAGAACAUUCUAAUGAAGUAGUAAAUCAUGACCCAGAUGUACAAGCAAAAGAUGAUAACCUCAAAAACUCAGUUUUGGCUCCAGGUCCUAGUACUGCCAGUUCAACUUCAAAUACCUGUAAGAUACAUCCACUUAUUCUGAAAGAGACUGCUGAAAGGUUUGGAAGCCCAUCAACAGAGGAAAAGGGAAAUAAAUAUAUCAGUGUCCACCUAGAAAACCCCAACUGUGUCCAGGCAAAGGUCAGUUGUGAUGAUUAUGAGGAUGUUAAAGUACACCAUCAAAAAACAGGAAGUAAAAAUGAGAAAGAAAAAAUUGAGAAGAAGAGCAAGCAUCCUUCAACUGUUGAUCAAGGUUUAAGCAGUAGCAGACAUGGAGAGCUGGUAAUCUGUGGCAGUACUCUUAAUAAUGAAACAGAUAGCACUUUCGAUUUAGAAGGCAUCCAGAAGCCUUCAGCUAAAGAAUGUGAUGGAUUUGCCACUGUAGAUGACAAGGCUGAUGUUGAUGAAGAAAGUAUAGAAGGCACUGAUGAACUGGAGGACGCUCUAAACCACUUUGCCCCUUCAAUGCAGGGCCAGACAUCAGAAAUCAUUCACUCUGAUGAAGAGGAAGAGGAAGAAGAAGAAGAAGAGGAGGAGGAGGAAGAACCCAGGCUUGCCAUUAACCAAAGGGAAGAUGAAGAUGGCAUUGCUAAUGAAGAUGAGUUAGAUAACACCUACACUGGAUCAGGGGAUGAGGAUGCCUUGUCUGAAGAGGAUGAUGAAGUAGGCGAUCCCCCUAAGUCUGAAAACUGGAAGGAAUGUGGAAAACCUGUAGAUAGAGGUCUACUAAUGGAACUUAAUAAAAUAAGUCUUAAAGAAGAAAAUAUCUGUGAGGAAAAUUCACCUGUGGAUCAGUCUGAUUUCUUCUAUGAAUUUAGUAAAGUUAUCUUCACCAAAGGCAAGUCUCCUACAGUAGUGUGUAGCUUAUGCAAACGAGAGGGUCAUCUGAAGAAGGACUGUCCCGAUGACUUCAAAAGAAUCCAGCUGGAACCCUUGCCACCACUAACACCCAAGUUUUCAAAUAUCUUAGAUCAAGUUUGCAUCCAGUGUUACAAGGAUUUUUCUCCAACUAUUUUAGAAGAUCAGGCUCGUGAACAUAUUCGACAAAACCUAGAAAGUUUCAUAAGACAGGACUUUCCAGGAACUAAAUUGAGCUUGUUUGGCUCCUCCAAAAAUGGAUUUGGUUUCAAACAGAGUGACCUUGACGUCUGUAUGACAAUUAACGGACUUGAAACUGCUGAGGGGUUGGAUUGUGUAAGGACUAUAGAAGAAUUGGCAAGAGUCCUCAGAAAGCAUUCAGGUCUGAGAAACAUCUUACCUAUUACAACAGCAAAGGUGCCAAUUGUGAAGUUCUUCCAUUUGAGAAGUGGUCUGGAAGUGGAUAUCAGUUUGUAUAACACAUUGGCCCUUCAUAACACAAGGCUUUUAUCUGCUUAUUCAGCCAUUGAUCCCAGAGUGAAAUAUUUGUGCUAUACCAUGAAAGUAUUUACAAAGAUGUGUGAUAUCGGUGAUGCAUCCAGAGGCAGUUUAUCAUCAUAUGCAUACACUCUUAUGGUGCUAUAUUUUCUCCAGCAGAGGAAUCCACCAGUUAUUCCUGUCCUUCAAGAGAUAUACAAAGGUGAAAAGAAACCUGAAAUAUUUGUUGAUGGCUGGAAUAUUUAUUUUUUUGAUCAAAUAGAUGAACUGCCUACCUAUUGGCCAGAAUAUGGAAAAAAUAUGGAAUCUGUUGGGCAGCUAUGGCUGGGCCUUCUUCGUUUCUACACAGAGGAAUUUGAUUUUAAAGAACAUGUUAUUAGCAUCAGGAGAAAAAGUCUACUUACAACUUUUAAGAAACAGUGGACCUCAAAAUACAUUGUUAUUGAAGAUCCUUUUGAUUUGAAUCAUAAUCUUGGAGCUGGAUUAUCAAGAAAAAUGACAAAUUUCAUAAUGAAAGCUUUCAUAAAUGGUAGAAGAGUAUUUGGUAUUCCUGUCAAAGGAUUUCCAAAGGACUACCCCUCAAAAAUGGAGUACUUUUUUGAUCCAGAUGUGCUAACUGAAGGAGAGCUAGCCCCAAAUGAUAGAUGUUGUCGAAUUUGUGGGAAAAUUGGACACUUCAUGAAGGACUGUCCUAUGAGGAGAAAAGUGAGGCGGAGGCGAGAUCAGGAAGACAGCCUGAACCAAAGAUACCCUGAGAAUAAAGAAAAAAGAAGCAAAGAGGAGAAAGAAAUUCAAAACAAAUAUACAGAAAGGGAGGUGUCAACAAAAGAAGAUAAGCCAAUGCAAUGCACACCCCAGAAAGCCAAGCCCGUGAGAGCAGCUGUUGACCUGGGGAGGGAGAAGAUUCUCAGGCCACCAGUGGAAAAAUGGAAGAGACAAGAUGACAAAGACUUAAGAGAAAAACGUUGUUUUAUUUGUGGAAGAGAAGGGCACAUUAAAAAGGAAUGCCCACAGUUCAAAGGCUCUCCAGGCAGUGCUUUUACAUGAAGACAAAAAGAAACAAAACACAGCAGUUUUUUUGAGUCCCCAGUCAGGUAGCCUUUCCAGUAAAUACAUGACUCAGGGAAAAGCCUCAGCGAAGAGGACCCAGCAGGAAUCAUGAGGGAAGGAAAAUGCAGCACUGUAAAUGGCCACUCAGGCAUUCCUAUUGACUUGGAAAAUUAGGUUCAUUUCACAGGACACAGCAGCAUAGAUCAGGCUUCAACUUAUCGUUUAAGGGAAAUGAUUUUUUUUUUAAUUUAAUGAAAUUGUUAAUGAGGAAAAAAAUUUUUAAUAUGUCUUACCUACCACAAAUUCCCAUAGAUUUAAGGAUUUUAAUAGAAAGCCAUGAUGUAUGUAUUUAAGCCAGGUUAAAAGAAAAAAUGUCACUAUGGACCAGUAUUCAGUGAAUACAGCUUCAUGGUUUUUAAUUCUUUGAAAGCACAUUAAAAAUGGAGUGCUGAUAAACCCACGUAAAUUAACCCUUUUUUCCCUAUAAAUCCUUUUUUUGUUUUGAAUAGGGGAAAUUAUAUUUAUUCUUGUUUACUGAAUCCUCGUGUGAAAGCAUCAAAUACGUGUGAACUGCUACUACUGUAUUUCCGAUUUACAAUCAUUAUUUUAUUGCUCUUUGUAGAAGUGAUAACAUGAACGUGAGUACCUAUUUAUGUGGACCUUCAGUGGGUGAGCAGUGCCACUCAGAGGUCUCUGGGUUUUUCCCUCUCUUAAUUUUAAGUAAGUUGACAUAUAACUUCUAUGCUCCUAAGAAUGAAAUACUCCUGUUUGCCACUAAAAACAUUUGCAAGGAAAAAAAUGACAGAAUGAAAGUGCUUUUUACUUUUUAUGUAAUUCAGAAAUUAGGAUGGAGAACUUUUAAAAAUCCCUGAAGAUCAAAGAGGCUAUCUCUGCCAGUCACAGGUGUUGUUGGUGACAUUCUGGGUCUGACUGGAGUCCCCACGGAACUGUUUCCCUAACUUCACAAGCCCUGCAGAAGUAGUACAUGGUCAGAACUCUGCCUCCAUUUAUCAUUUUGAAAUAAAAUCAGAAUUUCAACCUGUAA